UUCCCUCUCUGUCUCCGCGCCGCGGCGCGCAAGGGCUCCGAAGCCGACAUGGGCGCCGCCGCGUGGGCAUGGCCGCUCUUGCCGCUGCGUGUAUCUGUCCUGCUGCUGCUUCUGCCGCUCCCGGGGCUGCCCGCGGGCUCCUGGGAUCCGGCCGGUUACCUGCUCUACUGCCCAUGCAUGGGGCGCUUCGGGAACCAGGCUGAUCACUUCUUGGGCUCCCUGGCAUUUGCAAAGCUAUUGAACCGCACCUUGGCUGUACCCCCUUGGAUUGAGUACCAACAUCACAAGCCUCCCUUUACCAAUAUCCAUGUAUCCUACCAGAAGUACUUUAAGCUGGAGCCUCUCCAGGCCUACCAUCGGGUCAUCAGCCUGGAGGACUUCAUGGAGAAGCUGGCACCCACCCAUUGGCCCCCUAAAAAGAGGGUGGCAUACUGCUUUGAAGUGGCGGCCCAGAGAAGCCCUGAUAAGAAGACAUGCCCGAUGAAGGAAGGAAACCCCUUUGGCCCAUUUUGGGAUCAGUUUCAUGUGAGUUUCAACAAAUCGGAGCUUUUUGCAGGCAUUUCCUUCAGCGCCUCCUACAAAGACCAGUGGAUCCAGAGAUUUUCUCCAGAGGAACAUCCAGUGCUGGCCUUGCCAGGGGCCCCAGCCCAGUUCCCCGUCCUGGAGGAGCAUAGGCCACUGCAGAAGUACAUGGUAUGGUCAGAUGAGAUGGUGAGGACAGGAGAGGCCCAUAUCCGCACCCACCUCACCCGGCCCUACGUCGGCGUUCACCUGCGCAUUGGCUCCGACUGGAAGAAUGCCUGUGCCAUGCUGAAGGAUGGGACUGCAGGCUCCCAUUUCAUGGCCUCUCCGCAAUGUGUGGGCUACAGCCGCAGCACGGCGGCCCCUCUCACCAUGACUAUGUGCCUCCCAGACCUGAAGGAAAUCAAGCGGGCCGUGGAGCUCUGGGUGACGGCUCUCAACGCCCAGUCUGUCUACAUUGCCACGGAUUCUGAGAGUCAUGUGCCCGAGAUCCAGCAGCUCUUCAAAGGGAAGGUGAAAGUGGUGAGCCUGAAGCCUGAGGUGGCCCAGAUCGACCUGUACAUCCUUGGCCAAGCCGACCACUUUAUUGGCAACUGUGUCUCCUCCUUCACCGCAUUCGUGAAACGGGAACGAGACCUCCAGGGGAGGCCGUCCUCUUUCUUUGGCAUGGACAGGCCCCCACAGCUACGGGAUGAGUUCUGACCCUGGCUUGAGCACAUCAUCAGCCCAGCUGGCCCCUCCAGCUGGGCCUGGCAGCCAGAGCUGCUCCCAGGAUUGAUCCCCAAAGGAUCAGGCUUCUCUUUUCAGCUGCCAAGGACAGAGAAAAGUACCAGGGACUUCCUGGAGGAGGAAGACGGUCCAUUUCCCAGGGCACAGGACUUCCAAGCUCCUGGGAACCAUACUAUCUCCCCUGCUCAUGUGCCUCUGGCUCUUUCUUUUGGGAGUUUCUCAUACCAUCAAAGCAGUCCAACCACUGUCUUUUGAUCUGCCCUGCUCUGAGCAGCCUGGGAUGCUGAACUCUCUUUGGAGAAAUUUUAUAUAUAUCUAUGGAGAGAGAGAGAUUUUUAUAGUUUUGAUACAAGAUCAUGACCCUAGGACUCUCCCUCAUUUAAAAAAAAUCAGUGAAGUUCAUUAAUGUAGGUACCUAAAGUGACCUUAACUGAAUGUAGGUGAGGCCAGGGAUGGGGUGGAGGUAUUCACCACUUUUCCAUAUGACCCCCAGAGUGGCCCUCAGACUCAUACCCACUGCCUGGCCAGAGCCACUGUCGACCCUACUUCUUCGCCCCUUUCCAGGGUUUGGGGCAUGAAUACUGUCUUCCAUUGUAAAUACUAUGCAAAUAGAAGUUCUCGGUCAUGGUACCAUACAGAGCUCCACAGCACAGUCACUGCAAGGAGUACAUGCCAUCCUGCCAGGCCGUCAUGGCCUUCAUCUCAAUUAGAGUCUCUUGGUAGUUGGUGGCCUGCCACAAACCUGGCACCAUCAGAGUCUUAUAGCACAUCACCAGGCUUACUGGCCUGCUGGGAUCCUUCUGAAGGCUGCCAUCUCCUCUUCUGAUCUCUUGCCUCAGGGGCCUGGUUGUAGAAUUUUGCUGUUAAGUUGGUAUCCAAGGCCUGUCCUCCAGCCUUUCUCCUGCAGCUGGAGCCCUCAGACCACAUUCUCACAAGGGAGUGUUGCUAAGCCUCUGACCAGACAGGAGAUGCCCCAAACCCAGGAGUCAUUGGAGUCCCAGUUUGGAAGCAACUUUUGCCCCUUCCUAUCCAAUGUCAUCUCUGACCCCAUGAGGCUUAAAGUGUUACAGUUGUUUCUUUGUCUCUCAGAUGCUGUGGUUGUAAUAAUCCAUGACUCCUGAGAGUCUGAUUUUUUGGCCUUGUGGUUCUAAAAUUAAAGUCUAAUACCUGAAGAUCUCUCACCA